AUGGAAAAUAUAAAUCAAGUAAUGGGGAAUUCAUCAGGAGCUAAUAAGCAGCUUCUUAUCGAAAAGCCACAAAAAGCUAUCACAGAAAAGAAGAGUAGGUGUUUUUUUAUGUCAAAACCAAAAAUUGCAAAGAAAACAACUUGUGGAAAUAAUUCACGUGACGUUGACAAAAGAAAAAAUAAUUUAGAAUUUGCACAGAGAAAUUACGACACUAACCAAUCAAUUAACGUUAUUACGAAGGAUUCAAAAAUAAUUCAACCCGAUUUUUGCUCUAAAAAAUCUUAUUGCUUGCCAAAUGUCCCUUUUGAAAUAGACGAGAAGUAUAGAGCACAAAGAAGAUUAAUGCUGAAAAAAGAAAUAUUUGCCGGUCUAUUUGACAAGAAAAUCGAGAUUUCGGAGAUCCCUGACGAUUAUUCAGGGGACGAAUUAUAA